AUGACACACCAUCACCACAACAACACACCAUCACCCCAACAACACACCGCGACCCCACCAUCACCUCAACCCCAACGAUACACUACCCCACCAGCGCACACACCAUCACCUCACCAGUCCACCACCACCUUAACAUCACCUAAGCAGCACCACAUCACCCCACCAACACACCACGACCCUACCAUCACCUCACCAGCAUGCGAUCACCUCACCAGCACGCUAACACUCCAACACACCUCAACCCCAACGAUACGCUAUCCGUACCUGCAAACCACUACCCCAACGAUACACUAUCACACCUGCACAUUAUCAACCCCACCAGCACACAAUCACCACACCAGUCAACCACCACCUCAACAUCAGCAUCACCUUAACAGCACCACAUCACCUCAACAACACACCAUCACCCAACCAACACACCACGACCCCACCAGCGCACCAUCACCUCACCAGCACACAAUCAUCUCACCAGUCCACCUGUCCACCACCACCACCACCACCUCAACAUCAACAUCACCUAAACAGCACCACAUCACCCCAACAACACGCCACUACCCCACCAGCACACCAUCACCUCACCAGCACACAAUCACCUCACUAGUCCACUACCACCUCAACAUCGCAUUCACCUUAACAGCACCACAUCACCCCAGCAACACACCAUCACCCCAGCAACACACCAUCACCCCAGCAACACACCACGACCCCACCAGCACACCACACCACCAGCACACCAUCACCCCACCAGCACACAAUCACCUCACCAGCACACUAUCACCCAAACACACCUCGACUCCAACGACACACUAUCCCACCUGCUCACUAUCAACCCCACAGUACACUAUCACCCAACCAGCACACAAGAACCCCAACAACACACAAGAACCUCAGCAACACACCACGACCCCACCAGCACACCACACCACCAGCACACCAUCAGCACACCAUCACCCCACCAGCACACAAUCACCUCACCAGCACACUAUCAGCCCAACACACCUCGACCCCAACAACACACUAUCCCACCUGCACACUAUCAACUUCACAGUACACCAUCACCCCACCAGAACACUAUCACCCCAACACACCUCGACCCCAACGAUACACUAUCCGGCCUGUACACUAUCAACAACACAGUACACCUUCACCUCACCAGCACGCAAUCACUCCAAUACACCACAAUCAAUUCUGGAUAUUUCAUUGUCAUGGUUAUCGAUAUAA